GGGCUGGACUUGGAAGAACUGGAGGAAAUAGAAGAGGAUGCCGGCCUGGGGAACGGAGGCUUGGGGAGGCUGGCAGCCUGCUUCCUUGACUCGAUGGCCACCUUGGGCCUGGCGGCGUACGGCUAUGGAAUCCGCUAUGAGUUUGGGAUUUUUAACCAGAAGAUUGUCAAUGGCUGGCAGGUGGAGGAGGCGGACGACUGGCUGCGCUACGGGAACCCCUGGGAGAAGGCGCGGCCGGAAUACAUGCUGCCCGUGCACUUCUACGGGCGAGUGGAGCACAGCCCCGAGGGCGUGUGCUGGCUGGACACACAGGUGGUGCUGGCCAUGCCGUACGACACCCCGGUGCCGGGCUACAAGAACGACACCGUCAACACCAUGAGACUGUGGUCCGCCAAGGCGCCCAACGACUUCAAGCUCCAUGACUUCAACGUGGGCGGCUACAUCGAGGCGGUCCUGGACCGGAACCUGGCCGAGAACAUCUCCAGAGUCCUGUAUCCCAACGACAACUUCUUUGAGGGGAAGGAGCUGCGGUUGAAGCAGGAAUACUUUGUGGUGGCUGCCACCCUCCAAGACAUCAUCCGGCGCUUUAAGUCGUCCAAGUUCGGCUGCCGCGACCCCGUAAGGACCUCCUUCGAGACGUUCCCAGACAAGGUGGCCAUCCAGCUGAAUGACACCCACCCAGCCUUGGCCAUCCCUGAGCUCAUGCGGAUCCUGGUGGACGUGGAGAAGGUGGACUGGGACAAGGCCUGGGAAAUCACAAGGAAGACCUGUGCAUACACCAACCACACGGUGCUGCCCGAGGCUUUGGAGCGCUGGCCUGUGUCCAUGUUUGAGAAGCUGCUGCCACGGCACCUGGAGAUCGUCUACGCCAUCAACCAGAGGCACCUGGAUCACGUGGCCGCCCUGUUCCCCGGGGAUGUGGGCCGCCUGCGGAGGAUGUCCGUGAUCGAGGAAGGGGACUGCAAGCGGAUCAACAUGGCCCACCUGUGUGUCCUCGGGUCCCACGCUGUCAACGGCGUGGCGAGGAUCCACUCGGAGAUCGUGAAGCAGUCGGUCUUUAAGGACUUUUACGAGCUGGAGCCAGAGAAGUUCCAGAAUAAGACGAAUGGCAUCACGCCCCGACGGUGGCUGCUCCUGUGUAACCCAGGGCUGGCGGACACCAUCGUGGAGAGAAUCGGGGAGGGUUUCCUGACGGACCUGAGCCAACUGAAGAAACUGCUGCCGCUGGUCAGUGACGAGGCACUCAUCAGGGACGUGGCCCAGGUCAAGCAGGAAAACAAGGCGAAGUUCUCUGCCUUCCUGGAGAAGGAGUACGGGGUGAAGGUCAACCCCUCGUCCAUGUUCGACGUGCAUGUGAAGAGGAUCCACGAGUACAAGCGGCAACUGCUCAACUGCCUGCACGUGGUCACCCUGUACAACCGAAUAAAGAAGGACCCAGCCCAGGCCUUUGUGCCCAGGACUGUCAUGAUCGGGGGCAAGGCAGCGCCCGGCUACCACAUGGCCAAGAUGAUCAUCAAGCUGGUCACGUCCAUCGGCGACGUUGUCAACCACGAUCCGGUUGUGGGCGACAGGCUCAAAGUGAUCUUCCUGGAGAACUACAGAGUGUCCUUGGCCGAGAAAGUGAUCCCCGCCGCCGACCUGUCACAGCAGAUCUCCACCGCGGGCACCGAGGCCUCGGGCACAGGCAACAUGAAGUUCAUGCUCAACGGGGCCCUCACCAUCGGCACCAUGGAUGGAGCCAACGUGGAGAUGGCUGAGGAAGCUGGGGCCGAGAACCUCUUCAUCUUUGGCUUGCGGGUGGAGGACGUGGAAGCCCUGGACCGGAAAGGGUACAAUGCCCGGGCGUACUAUGACUGCCUGCCUGAGCUGCAGCAGGCCGUGGACCAGAUCAGCAGCGGCUUCUUCUCCCCCAGGGAGCCCGACUGUUUCAAGGGUGUCGUCGACAUGCUGCUGAACCAUGACAGGUUCAAGGUGUUUGCGGAUUAUGAGGCAUACGUGGAGUGCCAGGCCCGGGUGGACCAGCUGUACCGGAACCCCAAGGAGUGGACCAAAAAGGUCAUCAGGAACAUCGCCUGCUCGGGCAAGUUCUCCAGUGACCGGACCAUCACGGAGUACGCCCGGGACAUAUGGGGCGUGGAGCCCUCUGCCCUGCAGACCCCGCCCCCCAGCCUCCCCAGGGAUUAGGCCCCUGCCCUCCCCCUCGGGACCAGAGGCGUUUGUUUUCUUGCUGACUCUGCCCGUUUCCAAGCACUUUGCCAGCACCCUGCUUUUUUCAGUGCUGUUCCCGGGACGGCCAUGGGGAUCCGGGUGGUGGCUUUCAGGGGUUGGGUUGGGAGAAGAUGCUGAGGUGAGAUGCUCCCCCGUUUCCUGCAGGAAAGCAGAGCCCGCAGCACUGAGCAGGGCAGCUGGCCUGCUGAUUUGCCCACCUGCCCCUUGGAGGUGGGGGAAGGUGGACUUGUCUGC